CUCUCUCUCUCGCUCCGGACCCCCGAUACACAGGCACCCCCCCACCACCCCCCCCCAUCAUCAUUCCCACUCCAUCAGCUGGGGGACCCCUCUCACCUCUUGACCGACCCACCAACCCCCUCUUCGACAAACCCAGGGGGGACCGAUCCCCUCGUUUAUUCCUUUUCUGCAGCUCGUUCCAAAUCCGCCUACCCCCCUCCUCCUCCCACCACCACCACCUUUCUCUCCACAUACCCCUUUCUUAGGUCGUCCGCGGACCCCCACAUUUUCUCGCUUUGUUCAAGGAAGCAGGGACCCCCCCCCCUCCUCCUCCUCCUCCUCUCCUCCCCUUGCCACCCCCUUUGCUCGGGGCUCGGGAUCUGCGCGCGCUGCUUCGGGGACCCCCUUUGGUGGAGGUCGCCAGGAACCCCGUGGGCUGCGCGGCGCUCUGCGUCGAUUCCCCGCUCGCCACAGCCGAACGUCGCGAGCCCACCAUGGCCCCCCAAAAGGGUACCCAGCCCGCGGCCCUCAACGGCAAAUCUGGGGACGUCGCCGCGGGCGGUAGCGGCGUGGUCGUCGCUCCUGGGGGGGCCGCCCAGGGGGGGGACGGCGAGCUCGGCCUGGACCCCUGCGGGGAUGCGGGGGCGCUGGAGCCCCCCGCGAGGAAGCUGAAGGAGCGCGGGCACUGGAACAACAAAGUGGAGUUCGUGCUGUCCGUGGCUGGGGAGAUCAUCGGCCUGGGCAACGUGUGGCGCUUCCCUUACUUGUGCUACAAGAACGGCGGCGGUGCAUUCCUCAUUCCCUACGUGGUGUUCUUCGUGGGAUGUGGGAUCCCCGUCUUCUUCCUGGAGACGGCGCUGGGGCAGUUCACGAGCCAGGGCGGCAUCACCUGCUGGAGGAAGAUCUGCCCUCUCUUCGAGGGAAUCGGAUACGCGACCCAGGUGAUCGUGGGCUUCCUCAACAUGUACUACAUCAUCAUCCUCGCCUGGGCCAUCUUCUACCUAUGCUUCGCUAUCACGGGCGGCAUGCAGUGGUCCUCCUGCAACAACGACUGGAACACGGUGAACUGUCAAGAGUUCCGGGUGAACCUGACGCAGGCCAAUGGGACAGUCCUCCUGGGGAAGUCCAACGCCACGUCACCCGUCAUCGAGUUCUGGGAGCGCCGUGUGCUGGGUCUCUCGUCCGGGAUCGAGAAGAUUGGCUCUCUGCGCUGGGAGCUGGCGCUGUGUCUCCUCGCCGCGUGGAUCAUCUGCUACUUCUGCAUCUGGAAGGGAACCAAGUCUACCGGCAAGGUGGUGUACGUGACGGCCACCUUCCCCUACGUGAUGCUCGUCGUGCUGCUGCUGCGCGGGGUCACGCUGCCCGGCGCCUCCGAGGGGGUCAAAUUCUACCUCUACCCCGACCUGAGCCGCCUCUCCGAUCCACAGGUGUGGGUUGACGCAGGGACUCAAAUCUUCUUCUCCUAUGCCAUCUGCCUGGGAUGCCUCACCGCCUUGGGGAGCUACAACAACUACAACAACAACUGCUACAGGGACUGCGUGAUGCUGUGCUGCCUGAACAGCGGCACGAGCUUCGUCGCUGGCUUCGCCAUCUUCUCCGUGCUCGGCUUCAUGGCACUCGAGCAGGGGGUCAACAUCGCCGAGGUCGCCGAGUCAGGUCCCGGCCUGGCGUUCAUCGCCUACCCGCGGGCUGUCUCCAUGAUGCCCCUCGCCCCGCUCUGGGCGUCGCUCUUCUUCCUCAUGCUCAUAUUCCUGGGUCUCGACAGCCAGUUCGUGUGCGUGGAGAGCCUGGUGACAGCCAUGGUGGACAUGUACCCCAAGACGUUCCGCUUCGGCCGCAGACGUGAGCUGCUCAUCCUGUGCGUGUCCAUCAUCUCCUUCUUCCUCGGCCUCAUCAUGCUCACGGAGGGAGGAAUGUACAUCUUCCAGCUGUUCGACUACUACGCGGCCAGUGGCAUGUGUCUUCUCUUUGUUGCUGUUUUUGAGUCCAUCUGCAUCGGAUGGAUAUAUGGAGGGGACAGAUUCUACGACAACAUCGAGGACAUGAUCGGAUACCGGCCGUUCCCUCUCAUUAAGUGGUGCUGGAUGUUCGUGACCCCUGGCAUCUGCGCGAGCAUCUUCCUCUUCUCUCUCAUCAAGUACCAACCACUGACGUACAACAAGACCUACACCUACCCUGACUGGGGCUACGGCAUCGGCUGGAUGCUGGCGCUGUCCUCCAUGAUCUGCAUCCCAAUCGGCGGAGGAUACAAGCUGCUCACCACCACAGGCACCUUCAGGGAGCGGCUGCAGAAGCUGGUGACCCCCAGCCCGGACCUGCCGGUGCCGGGCGCCUCCAGGGCCGGCGCCGUGCAGGUGCAGCUGAGCCGCUCGGCCAGCGACUGCGACGCCAACGGGCGGUGCAACGGGGAGGACGGCGCCGCGGCCGCCCCCGCCGCCAACGCCGGCGCCGCCGUGGCCGCGGCCGCGGCCGUCGGCGGCGGCGGCGCCUGCGCCGACACGGAGAGCCCGCUGUGAGCGUCGGGGGCCCCGGCGGGGUCCAGGGUGGCGGGGUCCAGGGUGGCGGGGCCCGACUCCGGUCCCCCCGGGGUCAGCGGCUGGAAUGGCGCAAGUUCUGUUUUAAAUCUGGGGGCGGCUGGCCCCUAGACGUAGCCCCUAGUGAUAGUCCUAGCUCCUAGGUGUAAGCCCCGAGCAGGCUGCCUCCAGCCUGAACCCCUGUAACCUCUGUCCGUGACUCCCUCGCCUCUCUUAGCCCCCCCUGAACUGUAGCCCCCCCCCCCCUCCCACCCAACCACGUCCCUGCAUCCCCACCUUGGUGAUUGUUUGGCACGGUGAGCAGUCGACCCCCCCCCCCCCCUCCCCCGGCCCACCGCCCGUCCCAAGCUGUAUUUGUGUGCUCGUGUUUUGUCCUUCACCGUUUAAAAGAUUGGAGGCAGCGGCGGGAAGUCGCUGGGGUUUCAAAAGCGACGCGCGGGGGCAAGGCGGGGGGGGGCAAG